UCAAAGUCUGUUUGCUUUUCAAGAUUAAGAACAACAGCAUGGCAGAUUAUGAAGUUGGAGGUCAGGGAGGAAAUGCUUUCAAUUUUAAUGGCAAUGAUACUGGAAGCAUGCUGAAAAAGAUCCAGGUUUGGGAAGAUGACAACACGUUAAGAGCCGUGAAGGUGUGGCUUACAGAUGGCCGGUCCGAGCAGUUUGGUAGGCCUGCUGGGAAUAUAAAAGAGUUUACAUUUGAAAAUGGAGAGUAUUUCACCUCUCUUUCACUUUGGCCAAAUCAAGAUGGUACACGUCUGGGUGCAAUCAAAUUCAAGACAAGUCAAUCCCGAGAAUUUUUUGCAAUAUUGAAAAAUGGGAGGCUGAAUCCAGAAGUUUCAGUUGAUGUUGCUUUUGGGAUCUGCAUUGGGAUCAAAGGACGUUCAGGUAGGGACAUUGAUCGCUUUGGAUUCAUAUUCAUCAGAUCCGUAAAGUCUGCUCAGCUUACCGAUGUUGUGUAUCCUACUAUUCAUGAUGUGAUACCCAAAGUGGCUGAUAGAGAAAUUGAAUCCAUGUCCUACUAUAACAGCACUUCUGAAAAUCAAGAAUACAAAAUUGAGAAAACCGAUAAAAUCACCAAAAAAUCCUCCUGGUCUGUUAAAGGAAAUAUGGAAUACGUAUACGGCCUGGAAGUAAAUGCAGGAAUUCCACAGCUUGUGGAUUUGAAAUCAAGUUUUAAAUUAACUAUUGGAGUUGAAAGUACAUAUGCUUCAGAGACCAGUGAAGAGAAAAGGGAGCACUUCACGUUUCCUGUUAAAGUUCCUGCAGGUAAAACCGUGGAUGUGCACAUCACACUUGGCCAGGCUGCAACUGACCUCCCAUUCACUGGCAUCAUGAAGAUUACCUGCCAUAAUGGCAGGGUGCUGGAAUUAAAAACCAGUGGAACCUACAAGGGUGUCGCUUACACUGAUGGAAAAGUGGUUGUGAAUGAAUCAAACAAAAUGCUUGGUGCAGCCUAACAAGCUUUGAAUUCAAUUCUAUAAAUAUUUUAACUACAAAAUGUGUUCUCAUAUUUGAUAAUGUUUAAUAAUCAAUGUUACAGAUGUAUGGGACGUAUUUUGUGCAUUAUGUAUCACUGUACUCAGUAUCUCAGUAAAGUUCUUGCUGACUGGAGCUGUGUGUGUGGAACACUGGAGUCCAGCUGUGACUUAUAUGAUCUUGCAUGUUCAUGUUUAUCCUGCAUUUGGUGGAAUGGGUGAUUUUUUUAGUUGAUUUUUUCAAAAUCUGGAAACCAAUGAAAACAGUGAUUUGAUUUAUUCUGCUGGUCUUCAAAUGGUGCAAAGCCACAUUUUGCUGAUUAAUAAAAUAAAUCUUUACAAAACAUUUUGAGUAAUAAAUAAACAUCUCAUUUCAGGUUUUUUUUUAUUUAAUUUGACUGUAGCUUUGUGUAAU